AUGGUCCAGAUCACUAUCCCCGAGAACUACGGCGCCGUCAUUGGCGUCGCCCUGGGCGUCAUCCCCGUCCUUGGCUUCAUCCACGGCUUCGUCACCACCGGCCUGCGCAAGCCCGCCAAAGUGCCUUACCCGCACAGCUAUGCCACCGUUGAGCAAUGCAAGGAGAACGCCAAAGCCGAACAAUUCAACUGCGCCCAACGCGCCCACUCCAACUUCCUCGAGAACGCCCCCCAGACAAUGCUCUUCACCCUCGUCGCGGGCCUGAAGUACCCCCAAUUGGCGGCGGGUAUCGGUGCCGUUUGGGCGGUGCUGCGCGCCCUGUACAUGUACGGGUAUGUGUACUCGGGCAAGCCGCAGGGUAAGGGCCGGAUGUUGGGUGGAUUCUUCUGGUUUGCGCAGGCGGCGUUGUGGGGAUUGAGUGUUUUUGGUGUGGGGAGGAAUUUGAUCUCGUACUAG